AUGUCGAGAUCGUUGGUUCAACCAGUAGGUCAAAAGCGAUUAACAAACGUAGCAGUUGUUCGUCUCAAAAAACACGGCAUGCGAUUCGAAAUCGCUUGUUACCCUAACACCGUCCUUUCAUGGCGUUCCGGCGUUGAAAAGGAUAUUGAUGAAGUGUUGCAGUCUCAUACUGUUUAUACGAAUGUUUCUAAAGGUGUUCUUGCUAAGUCUAAGGAUUUAAACGCUGCUUUUGGUACUGAUGAUCACUCCAAUAUAUGCUUAGAGAUUUUAAAGAAGGGGGAACUUCAGGUUGCUGGCAAAGAGAGGGAAUCAAUGCUGUCUAGUCAGUUCAGGGACAUUGCCACCAUUGUAAUGCACAAAACUUUUAAUCCUGAGACUAAGCGCCCUUACACUAUCAGCAUGAUUGAACGCCUCAUGAAGGAUAUUCAUUUUGCAGUUGAUCCAAACAGCACCUCCAAGAAGCAGGCUCUGGAGUUGAUUCAGGAGCUUCAGAAGCACUACCCUAUAAGACGGUGUCCAUUGAGGAUACGCGCAGCCGCCCCUGAGGAGGAAGUCCCUGUCCUUUUAGAAAAGUUGAGCGAGUGGAAGGCAACUGUUAUUUCUAAAGAAGGGACUGCUGCUCAGUUAUCUGUUGUUUUUGAAUUAGAACCUGGUCUAUAUAAGGAUUGCCAUGACUUUGUUAUGAAUAAGAUGCAUGGAAGAUUUGAAGUUCUUGCCCACUCUCUUUACGUGGACAGGGAUACCCAUGUGGAUCAAUACAAUGAUCAUGAAGACAUGCCUGCACCACUGCCCACAAACACUCCUGAAUCUGUGCUUGAGCUGACUGAUAAACUUAAGAAGCAAACAAUUUCGAGUGAAACUAAGCCUACUGAGAUACAACAGCCAAAGCAAAACAAAUGCAACACAUGUAAUGCUUCUUUUGAAGAUGCUAAGUUGUACAGGGAACACCACAAGAGUGAGUGGCACAAGCACAAUAUGAAGCGUAAAACGAGGCAACUCCCUCCACUCACUGAAGAAGAGUGCACAGCAGAUAUGGAUUUGUUUGAAUCAAAAUCUGAUUUAAAGGAUUAUUCAUUUUGA